AUGGGUGGGAUUGAAAUCAGAGAAUUUCUGGAUCCCAGAAGGUUUGGGUUGGAAGGGACCUUAAAGCUGAUCCUGCUGCAGUGCCCUGGCCCUGGGCAGGGAAUCAUGGCCCAGCAUCCCAGGAUCCAGGAUGGAUUCAGGGUUUGGAUCCAGGAUGGAUUCAGGGUUUGGAUCCAGGAGGGAUUCAGGGUUUGGAUCCAGGAUGGAUUCAGGGUUUGGAUCCAGGAUGGAUUCAGGGUUUGGAUCCAGGAGGGAUUCAGGGUUUGGAUCCAGGGGAUGGAUUCAGGGUUUGGAUCCAGGGUUUGGAUCCAGGGUUUGGAUCCAGGAUGGAUUCAGGGUUUGGAUCCAGGGUGGAUUCAGGGUUUGGAUCCAGGGUUUGGAUCCAGGAUGGAUCCAGGGUUUAGAUCCAGGGUUUGGAUCCAGGGUUUGGAUCCAGGAUGGAUCCAGGGUUUGGAUCCAGGAUGGAUUCAGGGUUUGGAUCCAGGAUGGAUCCAGGGUUUGGAUCCAGGAUGGAUUCAGGGUUUGGAUCCAGGGUGGAUUCAGGGUUUGGAUCCAGGAUGGAUUCAGGGUUUGGAUCCAGGAGGGAUUCAGGGUUUGGAUCCAGGAUGGAUCCAGGGUUUGGAUCCAGGAUGGAUUCAGGGUUUGGAUCCAGGAUGGAUCCAGGGUUUGGAUCCAGGGUUUGGAUCCAGGAUGGAUUCAGGGUUUGGAUCCAGGAUGGAUCCAGGGUUUGGAUCCAGGGUUUGGAUCCAGGAUGGAUUCAGGGUUUGGAUCCAGGGUUUGGAUCCAGGAUGGAUUCAGGGUUUGGAUCCAGGAUGGAUCCAGGGUUUGGAUCCAGGGUUUGGAUCCAGGAUGGAUUCAGGGUUUGGAUCCAGGAUGGAUCCAGGGUUUGGAUCCAGGGCCUUGCAGCAGCCUGGGACAGGAUGAGCUCUGAGGUCCCUUCCAGCCCACAGCAGGCUGUGAUUCCAUCACUCCAUCGUUUCAAAUCUGGGCUCUUGUCCCCUGUUUGUGUCCUGGAGCAGUAGGGAGUAAAGGAGGAGCGUGGCCAGGAGGAACAGCACAUAAAAUAACGGGAUCAUGGUUCUGCCAUGAGGGAGUGGCCAGGUCCUGGAUCCAAACCAAGCCCAGAACAAAUAUUUCCCUUCUCCCCCUCCCUCCCAGAAGCCAGAGCUCCUGCUGCUAAGCAAUAAACAAAAUAUGGAAAUGUCAGAGACCCCUUUCUACAGGCUUUGAAAACAAUUUAGUGUCUCUCACCGUGUCAAGGAAAGUUUACCAAGUGUUUUCCAUGGUGGGAUGAAAGGCAGCAGCACCUCAUUACAGCCCUGGAAUUUUAGGAAAUCAAACUUCCUGCAGGAAGUUCUUGUGCAGUGGUGUCAGGGACCUUGCACUCCAGGACUUGUGGCACGAGGCAAAGCCAAACAAAGCUCCAGGCUGGGAACAAAGCUGUCCCUGUGGCUGUGGGCAGCACCCAGCCCUUCCCUUGGAGAAACCUCCCGUGGCACUGGGCUGGCUUGUCCUUUUCUGUUUCAGCUCUGGAGGGAGCUCCCAAAGCCCUGAACCUUCCCAGGAAGGAUCAAUCCCUGAGCCAGGCAGGGCAAUGGGGCUGAGGGAUGCUCUGUGUGAGCCCCAGCCACCAUCAAAGCCCUGCUCAGUGCCCCCUCCCUGCUCCCAGGGGACAAGGGACAAGAGGAAGCCACAGAAUCUCAGUCAGUGCCUCAGUGUGGCUCAUCCUUUUCCCACCUUUGCCCAAAAUUCUCCACAGACACAGUGGAGAGUCCAGCCCCAGUGUGGUCCUGCUCCUGGAUCAGCACUGGCCAUGCUCAGCUUGCCAUGGAUGUCACUUCAUUCCCACUGGGACAUCUCAAACCAAAGCUGGGAUCAUCACUAGACCUUGCUCUGAGGUGUGUGUAGGAUCUGGGAUCCCGACUGUGCCUUCAGAUGGAGUUUUUCUACAAAAGAAGAAAUUAGACUGCAGGAAAAAGCAUCUUAGUUCCUAAGCAGUGUUAAAAGUGCAUGGAAAUAGAAACUGAUGCCACAGAUCAUUAAAAUGUAUUAAUCAGAAUAAAAACCUGACUGCC